UAGGCUCUGUUUGGUUCCCGGAAAAUGCUAAGGAAAGGAAAAAAAAUAUAGAGGAAAAUAGUUUUCUUUAGUUUGGAUGACAUGGAAAAUAAGAUGGAAAAAAAAUAUAAAGGAAAGUAUGAAAGAAAAUAUUGUAAUAUUUUCCCUAUUAUUUUCCUUAAAAAAUAACGAGGAAAAUAAGGGAAAAAGAGAAGGGCAAAGGGGGGGAAAAUUUUAUCGGGGGCUCUGUUCACCGCUUCACCGCUUCACCUUUCACUUCCUCUUCAUCGGUGGCUAUGGCUUCUCACCGUCGUCGACCCUUUCAACGGCCACCACAAUCACUCCGACCACCUUCCAGGGCCGAAAACCUACCCUCUUUAGGCACCCGAGUUCCCAUGGAUGAAGUGCGCUCUUCAAAUCAAGUUCUCAUUGAUGAAAUGGAUUCUUCAAAUCCAGUAAAUGUAUUCGGAUCCAUAUCUUCAGAUUAGGCAAAACAAGUUCAUCCUGAUAAAAAUCGGAGUGGCCCUUUGGCAACUGAACGAUCUUAGGUAAGUUCACUUCUUUGUCAUUCAUUCAUCAUCUUCUUCUUAAUACUCUACUCUCCUUUAUUCAUCCCAAAACCAAGUGGAGGACCAAGUAUUCUUAAGUAAUCAUGUAAAUUUCAGACUGAAUAAUCAACUUAGAAAGAGUUUCAUUUUGUUAUCAUGCUUUAAACUAGACAUUUCAACUCUAGUAAGGUCUGUUUUACCAUAAGUGGUAACUUGUCAUUAAUUUAACUAUCAUAAAUAGUCAUAAUCAAUCUUAGAUUAAGUUAAUUUAACUAUCACAUUUCAAGACUGAAUAAUGACUUUACUAAAUCAUUCCUCUUACUUUGCUAUCAUGUAGACUUAUAAUGAAGAGUGGCAAAGACUUAGAAGAUGGGCUGCAACUUGUGUAGCUAUGUAUGCUGCAUAUGCGGCAAUUCUUGUUUCGGUUUAUCAUCGCUCAAACUAUAUGGAGAGAUCAAUCUCUAAUGAAGGAGAUUAUGAACGACAUGCUUUGAUGGAAAGACUUACACUAAUGGAUAAUGAAGAUUGUUAUAAUCAACUACGUAUGGGAAAGGAUGCAUUCGCAAGACUAGUAAACAUUCUUUGGGGAACAGGUCGUCUUAGAAAUAGUGCACAUAGUAAUGUAGAAGAACAAGUUGCCAAAUUCCUUCACAUUGUUGGUCAUAAUUUAAGGAAUAGAACUAUGAAAUUUUAUUUCAAGCGUUCUAGUGAAACUAUUAGUCGUCACUUUCAUCAAGUUCUUAGAGCUAUAAUAUCUUUAGAUGAUGUCUUCUUAAAGCAGCCUGAUGGAUUAAAGUGCCCUCAAGAAAUCAAGAACAAUACCAAAUUUUGGCCCUACUUUAAGGAUUGCAUAGGGGCGAUUGAUGGGUCACAUUUUCGUGUAAAAGUGUCAAAUGAUGUUGUACAAAGGUAUCGAGGGCGAAAGUACUAUCCAACACAAAAUGUUUUAGCAGCAUGUUCCUUUGACUUGAAGUUCACAUAUGUUUUACCUGGUUGGGAAGGAUCUGCGUCAGACUCGAGAAUCCUAGAUAAUGCAUUAAUGAGAGAUUUUGAUAAAUUGAUUGUUCCACAAGGUGAUUAUUGGUGAUUAGAUAAUAAUUUAUUAGCUUAAGUGACUAUUACUAAUAAUAAAUAUCCUUUGUCUAUGCUUCUUAGGUAAAUAUUAUUUGGCCGAUGCGGGUUUUCAGCUAAAAACUGGAUUUCUUACCCCAUAUAGAAGCACUCGUUACCAUUUAAAAGAGUAUAGUGUUCAUCAACCAGAAAAUGCUAGAGAGGUUUUCAACCUUCGACACUCGUCCUUGAGAAAUGCAAUUGAAAGGGCAUUUGGUGUUUUGAAGAAAAGGUUUCCAAUAAUAGCUAGUGGGACGGAGCCACAUUACCCUGUUGACACACAAUCUGAUAUUAUACUAGCAUGUUGUAUCCUCCAUAACUAUCUCAUGGGUGUUGAUCCAAAUGAAAGAUUAAUAGCAGAGGUCGAUAGAGAGCUUUUUAGCGAAGAAGCGGAGUUUGAAUCAAUGGUCUUGAGUUUAGUUGAAAAAUGCAAGGAAGGAGAAAUCUUAAGGGAGAAAAUAGCCAUGGAUAUGUGGAAAGAUUACAAUAGAAACCGUUGAUGAGUCCUUUUAUUUUAUGGUUCUUUUCUUGUAUAGUUUUUUGUGUUUCAUAUUAAGUACGAUGAUUGUGUUUAGAACUAUAACUCCUCUAGUUAAAAUCACACUUUGAAUGAGUUACAAUGAAGU